UGCUGACACAAAACAUCAUCGUUGUCCAGAUAUCUCACCAGAUUUUCGCCCUCAUUUCCCGUCCACUAAUACCUCAUGGACGCUAAAACCCUAAUUCCUCACAACUCCUACCUCAAAACAACCCCAAUAUCCAACCCAUUUCAACUCCGUUACACUUCCCACAUUCCAUCGGGUCUUAAAAAAUCAUCCAAAACCCCUCUGUUCAGAAGAACUCGGCUUCUUACUCAUGUUAACCCAACCAAAGGAGCUUCAAAUGAUGAAGAUUAUCAUAGGAAUGUUCGGCUUUUUGCUGCAGUUACUUCUGUUAGUAACAGUGGUGAAGAUGAGGAGGAGGAAGUUGUUAAGAGUAAAAUGGCGGGAAUAGAGGAGGGUUUGGCGGGAAACGAGAGUAUUUGGGAUCAGUUGGUGGAAAUUUUGAAGUUUUCUGGACCAGCUGCUGGGCUGUGGUUGUGUGGACCGUUGAUGAGUUUGAUUGAUACUGCUGUUAUCGGUCAGUCUAGUUCGGUUGAGUUAGCUGCUUUAGGGCCGGGUACGGUGCUUUGUGAUUAUAUGAGUUACCUGUUUAUGUUUCUUUCUAUUGCUACAUCAAAUUUGGUGGCCACUUCACUCGCUAAACAGGAUAAAACUGAGGUGCAGCAUCAGAUAUCAACAUUGCUUUUUGUUGGAAUGACGGGUGGUAUAAUGAUGCUUCUCUUUACAAGGUUCUGGGGAGAAUGGGCACUCAGCGCUUUUUCUGGAGCUAAGAAUGCACCUAUGUUAUCAGCAUCAAACACAUAUGUCCAGAUUCGAGGCUUGGCAUGGCCCGCAAUUCUUGUUGGGUGGGUUGCUCAGAGUGCAAGUUUGGGAAUGAAGGAUUCAUGGGGACCUUUAAAGGCUUUGGCAGUUGCAAGUGUUAUCAACGGCAUCGGUGAUGUCGUCCUCUGCUUAUUUUUCGGUUAUGGUAUUGCCGGUGCAGCAUGGGCAACAAUGGCGUCUCAGGUGGUUGCGGGAUUUAUGAUGGUUGAAGCUCUGAAAGAUAAAGGGUAUAACGGCUAUGCCGUUGCGGUUCCAUCCGCUAACGAACUGCUUCAAAUAUUCAAGCUUGCGGCUCCGGUGUUUAUAAUGAUGAUGUCAAAGGUGGCGUUUUAUUCUCUACUUGUAUACUUUGCAACGUCAAUGGGCACGCAAACCGUUGCCGCUCAUCAGGUCCUUGUGCAAAUAUACUGUAUGUUUGCUGUAGGGGGCGAGCCUUUAUCGCAAACCGCACAAUCAUUUAUGCCAGAACUUCUAUAUGGUGCUAAACGAAGUCUGUCAAAGGCAAGGAGGCUGUUAAAGUCACUGUUGAUAAUCGGUGCAUCAUGCGGUUUAAUAUUAGGUGCUGCUGGUACCAUUGUUCCGUGGUUGUUUCCUAAAAUCUUUUCACCUGAUCCUCAAGUCAUAAAGGAGAUGCACAAAGUUCUACUACCAUUCUUCAUUGCUUUAUGUGUAGCAACAAGUACUCAUAGUCUUGAAGGAACAUUGUUGGCUGGCCGUGAUUUGAGAUUUAUUAGCAUAUCAAUGAGCACAAUCUUUUCUUUCGGUGCUCUCCUUCUCAUGCUUUUUAGCAAUUUAGGAUUCGGGUUGCCCGGCUGUUGGUGGGCGUUAGCUUUGUUUCAAUGGUCUCGGUUUACUGUUGCUCUCCUACGUCUAGUGUCACCAAAUGGCGUCCUUUACUCUGAGGAUAUGACCCGUUAUGAACUAGGGGAAGUUAGCACUGCGUAGCAUGAGCUCUAAUCUGUAGUUUGAAUCCCAUUAACAUCAAAGGUGUUAAGAUGAUUCAAGUUUGUCUUGAUUAUUACCAUAGAUUAUGUAUAUUAAACAUUUAAGAUAUUGUCAAUUCUUUGAAACCCAGAUUAAGUUUGUAUUACCAUAUUGUGUAUUUUUAUAAGUUAGUAGCCUCAUAAUAAUUUAUAUAAAGUGACAAA